AUGGAGGAUGGUGGGAGAGCCUACACUGCCAUUGUUGGCUGGGCCUGCACGACCCUGUGCUUGGUCUCCUGCGUGGCCGCCUUCUCGCAGGGCGCCAGCCUUUCCGCCUGCAGCGACAUGAUGCCCAGACACCUGAGGGUGCAGCUGCACAGCUCCAACAGCAACUACGUCACUGUCCACACCAACAUGUCCUUCUUCUUCCCGGGAGACAAGGUGCCAGUGACAGUAAGAAGCACCCGGGAUUACAUGGGCUUUAUGCUGCAAGCUCGCAAAGUGUCCAGCAACGAAAUUGCUGGCACGUUCAUCUUCCUGCCUCCUGGUUCCAAGCUGCUGACUUGUUUUGAAGAUGGUGACACUGUCACACACUCAGACAAGUCACUGAAGAGAAACCUGUCCUUCGUAUGGAAAGCACCAGACCAACCCAUUGGAGACAUCAAGUUUUUCAUCUCCAUAGUCCAGUCAUACUUUGUUUACUGGGCAAAGAUUGAAUCUGCUGUUGUGGCUCAGGGAGGGCAAAACAACACUCUUGCUGACAAGAAGCCCAACGCUGUAGCCCCCACACCCCUGCAGGGACCAGCUGACCCUCACCCCACAGGUCCCAUCUCUCCUGCAGCUGCCACUGGCUCCCUGCUGCCUGCCAGUCCCACUGGCAUGGUGGCAGCACCAGCACCAGAGCCAGGUUUUGGUGUGGGGUUGGAGACUCAUCCUGCUGCUGAGCCAAAGCCGGCCCGGACUUUGCGGGCUGUGCCCGGCAGGAGUAUCCGGUCUGGAGGCCGGGGGCUGGAGCCGUCCCUUCCCACCCAAGAUGUUGGAAUGGUGGAUGCCUUGCAAGGUUCCCUCUCCCAGGACAAUGCCUCCAGCUACAGCACCUUCAAUGGAAGCAUUGCCAGUGCUGCCACCCUACACUUGUGUUUGAUGUGUACAGGCAACGGGAAGGGCAGCACUGAGAGUGGGACCAUCUUGAAAGCCUCCCUACAUGUGACAGCGUCUCCCUCUGCCCUGCACGUACGCACUCACCAGGGCAGCCUUGCUGCAACCACAGCCUGGCCUGGUGAUGCCAGCACUGUUGGCAAUUUGUCCACUGCUGGCAAUUUGUCCUCAGCCUCAAGGCAAAUGGCAGGAAGAGAGUUGGCACCACAACCAGAUGGGGCAGGCACCAGGGCUGAGGAGAACAAGGAUGAGCAGGAGGCAGCUGGGAAUACCCUGCCAUGGGUGACCAGACCAGCUCCUGAAUCUGCUGUUCCCGGGAUAGGGGAAGGCCCUGGCAGAGGAAGCCGACUCCUUGCAGCCCAGCUUGGCAUCCUCCUGCUCUGCACGGCCGCGCUGGGCCUGGCGCUGGCAGCUGCCGUGCGCUGUGUGUGUGCCCAGCAGUGCCACAAGCGGGCCGAGGUGUCCUUCAGCGAGCCCGACCCCGACGUCAUCACCAUCACGGAACACGGGGCGGUGAUGCGCUUCCGAAGGACCCGGGACAACAGCCUCGUGCUGGUGCCAGCCCAGUGCAACUGGGUCAGCCCCUCGAGCAGCACCAGGAGGACCGUGAUGAUUUAGUCCCUCUGUGUGCUGCCAUGCAGGCAAACAAACCCAAAGCAGC